AUGGUUAGCACACUGAAUGAACAAAAGAUCACCGAAUACUUCAAGAACAAGAGCAUCCUCGUCACUGGAUCAACAGGCUUUCUUGGAAAGAUACUGGUGGAGAAGAUACUAAGAGUUCAGCCUGAUGUGAAGAAGAUCUAUCUUCCCGUGCGAGCGGUGGAUGCUGCGGCGGCGAAGCAUCGGGUGGAGAAUGAGGUAGCGUUGUCCAUUAUGUUGUUCGGGCUUCUGAGGGAGAAGCACGGCGACGGGUUUAAAUCUUUCAUCCAAGAGAAGAUUGUCCCGUUGGCGGGAGACGUGAUGGGCGAGGACUUCGGCAUCGACCCUGAGACUCUGAAGGAGCUCCGAUUGACCGAGGAGCUCGAGGUCAUCGUUAAUGGUGCUGCCACCACCAACUUCUACGAAAGGUAUGAUGUGGCUCUGGACGUGAACGUGAUGGGAGUGAAGCAUAUGUGCAACUUCGCCAAGAAGUGUCCCAACCUCAAGGUGCUCCUCCAUGUCUCCACAGCAUACGUGGCGGGUGAGAAGCAAGGGCUGGUGGAGGAGAGGCCGUUCGAUGAAGGCGAGACACUCCUUGAGGGGACCCACCUUGACAUCAACACUGAGUUCAGGCUGGCCAGCGACCUGAAAAAACAACUUCAGGCCGACGAUGACUCGUCGUCAAAGGCCAAAAGGAAGGCCAUGAAAGAUCUCGGCCUCGCCAGGGCCCGACACUUUGGGUGGCCCAACACAUACGUUUUCACCAAAUCGAUGGGGGAGAUGGUGUUGGGUCAGAUGCAGGGUGAUGUCCCCAUUGUCAUCGUUCGUCCUAGCAUCAUCACUAGCGUCCAGAAUGACCCACUGCCCGGAUGGAUAGAGGGCACCAGGACGAUCGACACGAUAGUGAUCGGCUAUGCCAAGCAGAACUUGACAUACUUCUUGGCCGACCUCGACCUUACCAUGGAUGUGAUUCCCGGUGACAUGGUGGUGAACGCGAUCAUAGCUGCCAUUGUGAUGCACGCCUCGUCCUCGUUUGAGAAGAUAAUGGCCCAUCCCAAGCCACGGCCACCGGCGGUGUACCACGUGACCUCAUCAUUGCGUCACCCGGUGUCAUACAAUGUGUUGCAUGAGGCGGGAUUCCGGUACUUCACAGAGAACCCUCGUAUGGGCCCUGAUGGUCGCCCUGUGCACACCCAUAAGAUGUCGUUCCUGAGGAGCAUCGCCUCCUUCCAACUCUUUAUGGUUCUCAGGUACCGCCUCUUCCUUGAGCUCCUACAUCUGCUCUCCAUCAUUUGUUGUGGCCUCUUCGGCCUCGGUACUCUCUAUCACGACCACGCAUGCAAGUACAGGUUUGUGAUGCAGCUUGUUGACUUGUAUGGCCCCUUCGCGUUGUUCAAGGGGUGUUUUGAUGAUGUGAACCUACACAAGCUUAGGCUCACCAUGGCCGACGAUCAUGCCAGCCUCUUCAAUUUUGACCCGAAGACCAUUGACUGGGAUGACUACUUUUACAGGGUCCACAUCCCCGGGGUCAUAAAGUACCUGGUCAAGUGA